AUGCAUCGAUCUCUCCCUACUGUAAAAUGUGUAUAUUCAAGUUCUGGCUGUGUCAUCUUUUCAUAUCUAUCUAUCUAUCUAUCUAUCUAUCUAUCUAUCUAUCUAUCUAUCUAUCUAGUUUUGUUCGUAUCUAUCUAUCUAUCUAUCUACAUCAAUCAAUCUAUCUAUCUAUCUAUUUACAUCAAUCAAUCUAUCUAUCUACCUCAGUCGCUAUUCGCUAUCUGUCUAUCUAUCUAUUUAUCGAUCGAUUUCAAUCAAUCUAUCUAUCUAUCUAUCUACAUCAAUCAAUCUAUCUAUCUAUCUAUCUAUCUAUUUACAUCAAUCAAUCUAUUUACAUCAAUCUAUCUAUCUAUCUCAGACUAUUCGCUAUCUGUCUAUCUAUCUAUUUAUCUAUCUAUUUCAAUCAAUCAAUCAAUCUAUUUACAUCAAUCAAUCAAUCAAUCUAUUUACAUCAAUCAAUCUAUCUAUCUAUUAUUUACAUCAAUCAAUCUAUCUAUCUCAGUCUAUUCGCUAUCUGUCUAUCUAUUUAUUUAUCUAUCUACAUUAAUCAAUCUAUCUAUCUAUCUACAUCAAUCAAUCUAUCUAUCUACAUUAAUCAAUCUAUCUAUCUAUCUAUCUCAGUCUAUUCGCUAUCUGUCUAUCUAUCUAUUUAUCGAUCGAUUUCAAUCUAUCUAUCUAUCUAUCUACAUCAAUCAAUCUAUCUAUCUAUCUAUCUAUUUACAUCAAUCAAUCUAUCUAUCUAUCACAGACUAUUCGCUAGCUGUCUAUCUAUCUAUUUAUUUAUCUAUUUCAAUCAAUCAAUCUAUUUGCAUCUAUCUAUCUAUCUAUCUAUCUAUCUAUCUAUCUAUCUAUCUAUCUCCGUCUAUUCUCUAUCUGUCUAUUUAUCUAUCUAUUUCAAUCUAUCUAUCUAUCUCUCUAUCUAUCUAUCUAUCACCUUUUUUCAUGUUGUUCAUGCCAGUGUUGAAAAGUGUUUCUUUCUUGUUGCUUUCUUAUAUUCCUCUUUCACACAUAUUCACCGGGGUCACUUUCAGAAUCGCUGAGGUUGGCAGUGGAAACCAGCACCAAGUGAUUUUCUUUUUUCUUUUCUGGCCCAUUACGAUACAUCUAUCUAUCUAUCUAUCUAUCUAUCUAUCUUAA